AUGGAGGAACGAGACUCCGCACUGUCUGACCUCACAAAGGUGAAGGCUGACCGGACGACGAGCAUGGAGAAAUUGGCUGGCCUCAACAGCGAGAUUACGUCGCUGCAUCAGCGGAUUGAGGCGCUGUCGACGGAGCACCGCUCCCUACAGCGCCGCUUCCUCACGCGCGGGGAUCAGCUGAUUGCGCUUCGCCGCAUCUGCAACGAACACGGCCUGGGCGACAUUGUGCGCGCCAAACUCAACCACAUGCAGCAGGCUGUUGUGCGUGAUCGCAUGCAAAAGGGCGAGCACCUGCGCGAGCGCCUGUACACACAGGUGGACCGCGCCGAGAACGUGCAGGCGCGACGACAGCGGGCAGCGACAAUGAUGCAGGAGGCAACACGGCGCGCAUCUGUUGCCGCUCAGCGCACCACCAACGGCUCCGUCGCAUCCGCCGCACACAACAAGAAGCUGGUGGACACGGUGAUGGACGCUGCCAUUCGCCCGCCGCUGCUGACUGCGGUUGAGUCUCUUUCUGCCAGGAUGGGUUACGGCUGUGAUGGUAAGAGGGCGGCCAGCAGCCAGGAGCAGGGCACGCAGGAGCAGAGCAAAGAGACCACCAGCAGCACAGACAGCACGAGCGAUCGAUAG